AGACGGCGAACAAAAGAGAUGGCUAGGGUUGUCUUCUGUCAUCGCCUUUCAGCAACAGCUGCUCCCUCUCACAAGUUCGGGAACCUCCAUUCACAGCGAAUAUGACUAAGAGGACAAAGAAGGCUGGAAUAGUUGGGAAGUAUGGCACCCGUUAUGGUGCUAGUCUGCGGAAGCAGAUUAAGAAGAUGGAGGUUAGCCAGCAUAGCAAGUACUUCUGUGAGUUUUGCGGAAAGUAUGCUGUGAAGAGAAAGGCAGUGGGGAUAUGGGGCUGCAAAGAUUGUGGCAAAGUAAAAGCUGGUGGCGCAUAUACAUUGAACACUGCAAGUGCUGUGACAGUUAGGAGCACAAUUCGCAGACUGAGGGAGCAGACUGAGAGUUGAGCACGUUUUACCUUUUAUGCCCAACGUUGCUGUUUCAAGAUCAGAGUUGUUUUUCCUCGUGAAAUUUUGAUGGCUGUGAACCAGCUCAGUAUACUGUAGGGAAAAAACCUAGUUUAAUCUGAGAUGAUUGCUGUCAUUAUUGCCUCUUGUUGCAGUCAAGUUUAGAGUUAUCUGGAUGCAUUAAUUAUGGUCAAACUUGGUAACCGGUUUGUGUUACAUUCACGUGUGUUGGGCAGCAGCCUUUCUAGUGAUGAACAAGAUGUGGCUUCAAAUUUGAUGCACUGAUUCUUUACUGGAA